AUAAAGACAUCAUUUUGCUAAAUUAUUUAUUCUUUUAUCUUUCUUAAAUUUAUAUCUUAAACGUGAAUCAAUUAUAACAGCGCCCCUACAAUGUAUGUAUAAAUGACCUAUGCAUCAGUUAGUUGAAAAUGGCCGCUUAAAAGUUAUCGUUGAAAUGUAUGUUUUAAUCAUGUAUCACUUUACAAUGGAAUCCUUCGAAAUUAUUCAAGAAUUAAAACAAAAUAUUGUGAUUGAAGUAAAGAGAUUUAUCAGAAAUCUAUUGUUAAAAUAUAAAAAGUGUGGUAUUACAAGUAAUCAGUUGUCAUAUUGCGAGCAAAAUAUUAUACGUGAUAAUUGUCAUAGUGGAGGCUAUCUUUGUUCUAAACAAAGAAGAUUUAUGAGAACCGAGAAAAAUUGUAAAGAAGCAGCAGUGUGUUGAAUGAUCAACUUUGCUUCAAUAUUAAAUAUGUAUUUUAUGCAGAGUUUACCUCUAGAAACAACAAUGGAAAAAAUGUAUUCAAUAAAUAAUGUACUGAAUGAAAAAAGAAAUAUGUCAAGUUCAAAAAAAGAAAAUAUGUUCCAUAGUGUCUUUAAUAUUUUGAAUAUACUUUGGGAACAAUUUUCUAAAGUUCCUGCUUCAUUUAUAGCAAGUAUUAAUUAUCCAUUGUCUAUAACAGUUGUGAACAAUGAUGGUAUAAUUCCACAUGACUUUUUUAAAGAUUUGUCAAAUAAAAGAGAACGAUUAAGUACUGAUAAUGUAUAUAUUCAGAAUGCUCAUGUAAAAGAAUCUUUAAAUAUUAUUAAAAAUACAAAUAAUGAUAUAUUUGAUGAAAGAAAAUCUAUAAAUAAAAUUUUUAACAAAAAUGCAAAUAAUAAUUUAAAAUUUAAUUAUGAAUACAUUAGUAACAAAAACAAAUAUGCAAAAAGAUCUGAUAAAAAAGAAUCAUAUAUUAAGGAGAAUAUUAGAUAUGAUACAACUAAUUAUAAUUAUUUGAUAUCAGUUCAAAAUUUGAACAAAUCAAAUGAAGAGGAAAUGUUUGAGUACAUUUAUUUUGAUAAAAACAUACAAAAAGUAUGUACUAAAGAAAAUUGUUAUAAUUUUGAAGAUACUUAUAAUAAGCAUAUAUUUAAUAAGGAACAAUUUUUUAAUUAUAUUAACAACAGUAUAGAUGAUAAAAUAAUUUCUUUUUUAACAUCUAGUACAAAUACAUUAAGUAUGCAACCAAUCCAACAAGGUAUAAUUUCUAAUCUGUUCACAAAGGUAUUGCAAAAAGCUUUCAAUAGUAUAACAGAUCGCUUUUAUAGAACAGAAUCUGUUGAAUCGGAUUUGAUAAUUAAACGAUCAUUCUCACCGAAGCAACGAAAAAAACUUAUUGCAGUGGCGAAAGGUAGAGGUCGGGGACGAGCAAAGUCGCAACUUAGACGUUCUGGAGUUAGCCAAACAAGACAUAGAAAAGAACGCAUUAAACAUGAUAUUGCUAUAGAUAUAGAAGAUGAUUUUAAAAGCUGGCAAGAAUUAAAAGUAUCUCAUACAAUAAAAAAUAAAAAAUUAGAAGACUGUUUUAGCUUAGAUGAAGAUAUAAUAGAUACUGUACAAUAUACUGUAAAAGAGACAGUGAAUCCUGUAACAUAUACAUUUGCCGAUAUAAAACCCAAAAUUCAAAAAUCAAAAAUAUGUAGAAAUAUUAAUAAAAGUAUACCUAAUUUUUCUAAAAAAAUGAAAAGUAUAUUCGAAUGUACAGAACAAACAAAUAUUUUUCAUCAUGAUUUUGUUGAGAAUAGAUAUAAUGUACAAAAGAAUACAUUUCGACCACGGUUAAUAUCAGAAAGUUCCAUUGAUUCAGAAGAUAGUUACUGUAUAGUAUUUGAAACUGGCUCCGAAGUAACUUAUAAAAGUGAUCUUGAAGAUAGUGAAGAAAAUGAUGAAGAUCAAAUAAGCGAAGAUGAAAAAAUUUAUAAAGACGAACGAUCUAUAUCUCCUGUUCAAAAAGUAAAAUUUAAUUUAAAUCCAGAAAUUCAUAUAAUGGUUCAAUGGGACUAUGCUUAUCGUGCAGCUCGAAAAGGUCCAUGGGAAGAAAUGGCUAGAGAUAGAGAACGAUUUAGAGGCCGUAUAAAUUGUAUAGAACGUGUUCUUAAUCCAAUAUUAACAACUCAACACAGAACUUAUAUUUGGCAAGAACGAUUUGCACUUAUUGAAUAAAAUUCAUAUUUACUAUUUAAGGUAACUGUAUCAUUUAAAAUUAGUAUUAUGUACUAUAAUAGAAGAGAUGAUGUAUUUAAAAAAAAAAAUGUGUAUAAUAAUUCUUUUAAAAUGAUAAAAUAGGCUGUGAACAAAUAGAAUAUGAUGUCUUUUAAUAAUACAAUAUAUUCAUAAUGAUAAAAAUGAAGAUUAAUUUUUCAUUUUUUAAAUUGCAACAACAAUUGGUAUAUAUCAUAUAUUUUUUCAUUAAAAUUUAUAAUACUAUAACUUGUAUGAAGUUAAUAAGCUGUAAAUUUUUUUUGGCUAGUCUAUUAUAUCUAAAAAUAUUAACAAAUAUUAGAUUUUUUAUAUCAUAAAUUAUAU